UAGUAUCUCUGCAAUCACCGCGUAACGCAGACGUGCCGUCACAAACGCGCACGUUUUAGUUGCAAUUUGGGUGUAAAUUGUGAGGAAACGCGCGGGAAACUUGCGUUACAAGUGAACCACGUUAGUGACUAGUAAGUAUGUCUGGUGCUUGUUGAUCUGACUGUACUACAGCACACAAUGGGGGGUUGGUUCAGCUACGUGUGGUGGGGUGGUGACCCGGACGCCUGUGACCCCAUAUCAGGGCUCACCAAGAGAGAGAUCCACGCAGUCCAGAAGUCCUGGGCGCCGGUGUACGCCAAUCCUGUUGCUAAUGGAACUGAAUUGUUAAAGAGAUUCUUCCGAGCAUAUCCAAAUAACAAAACCUAUUUCAAGAUGUUAACCAACAUUUCCGAGGAGCAGUUCUCGGAGAACAUCCAGUUCAAGGCCCACGUAGUGAAUCUCAUGUCGUCUCUCAACCUAGCGGUGAAAAACCUCGACCAGCCUGAAGUAGUAGCCGCGCUGAUGGUGAAGAUUGGAGACUCGCACGCUAAAAGACAUAUCAAAGAACAAAACUUCCACGAACUCAAGGAUGUAAUAGUAAAAAUGUACAUUGAAGUUCUAAAGCUGGACGCUACGACUCUUGCGGCGUGGGGGAAGGCAGUCGACUUUUGGUAUAAACACAUAUUUGUCGCCCUCAACUCCUCGAGAUAACAGCUAUGUGAUAUCAAGACCAACAAUCGUAUCCCAGAAUCGCAAUUAUCGAAGAAUCAACGCCAAUGUACAGGUGUUUUUAAACACACCUCUUCGUAUCAGGCUUGAGACGUAAUCGGCAGAUAGAUCUAAAGGAAUCAAUGCUUAGCAAGAUAUUGUAAAAACAAUUCUCCCAUACAAAUUGACCGAUCAGCUGAUUCGACUUUAUCAAAAGUCGAGAUUUGUUCUCCUAUAAUUAUUAUUUUUAUGGUACUUGCUUAUUCAAUGUACUGAGUACACUAUGAAAAUUGACGCUAUCCCGUAUUUUUUCAUUUAGUGUUAAAUAUUUUCCAUAGCAGUACUAACAAUAUUUCUAAGAUCCUGGCAUGGAAUUAAUAAGUAAUGGAUCCUGGUUUUUCUGCUUUAUGGUUUGGUCACAGAUUUAAAAAAUAAUCCUAGUUAUACAUAACAUAACAUUAAAAUCAGAUCUUAAUGGAUUGGAGGUCGAUAAUUUCUACGAUAUUAAGCUGACCAAAUUAUUUUGCAUAUGGUACUAUUUAAAUAUAAAUGGACGUAUCAAACAUUAAAUUAAAGUAGGUAUGUCUUAUCUUUUUAUAAAUCAGUAUAGUAUAGGUAUAUUUAAUUAUUUGUAAUUAAUUAAGAAAUAAUGCCAAUUAUUAUAUUUACCUACCUACUUUAUAUCUGUUCUAAAGCUUUGUCGAUAUUAAAUUCUAGUUGUGUACGUAUGUAUAGAAUAGAACAUAUAGAUUUCAAGUCUACAAGACAAUGCUUUCAUGGUAAAAAAUAAGUAUAUCAGAAUAAUCGGACGCGCUGAUUAAUAUUUUACCAGUAAGUAAAUUAUUAAGGAGCUAAGCUGUAUAUAACAGCUAAAAGUAAUGAAGCAAACUCUGUAAUAGAGGUACCACUACUCUAAUAGUCAUUACCACAGGAGUCAUUUUAUUUACUUACUAAUUUAUUACACAUGUACCAAAGAUGAUAUUUUAUACAUAAAAUACAUAUAAUUCAAAUUAUUGACACUUAUUAACCAAGAUAAUUUACACUUGGAUAUAAAAAGCAAUUCGUAUACGUACUGAAAAUAAUUGAACUGGAAAUAUACAUUAAGCACUAUUCAUGUUAGUUACCUACUUAUUUCAUAUAACAUAGUAACUAGCGUAAACUAACGCUAUUCUCCUGUAGCUGCACAUGUAAAUAAGGAGAUAUUAAUUGUAAAUAAACAUUUUAUAUAUUACAAUAUAGUUUGAUUUAUUAUUGAUAACAAAUAGACAUGUGAUAAUAACUUUGUUUUGAUACUCCUGUGUUACCCGUUCUGGCUUAGCUAAGCCACCAUUUUACAUUCUACGACUAAAAUUAUAUAAUUAUUCGUCAAAUAUCAAAGAAAAGGUCUUAAGGUAUCAAGGUCUGGCACAGCCCCUAAUGUAUCUUGGAAACAAUAACACUGAAUAAAUUCUCCCCAGCUUUUUGGGAAGAAACGGGAGGGUUGGGAAUAUAUCCGUAUUAAAACCUAGUGGGAAGAUUGGUUUCCGACCAGCCCAAUCUCUAAAUGGUGCUAAACAGCGCCCUCAUUUGAAAAAUGUGUUCUGCGCCACCAUGUUGCAUUGUUGAGUAUAAUAUAUUAAAUGAAUGUUGUUAUAGUGGAGUAUAAUAUGCCAACGCACGUACAUUGCCGACGCGAACGUAGGUACAUUACGCAGUUUGCAUGAGAGCGCUCUUUGCUCAGAGCCAUGCCCCAUAGCUCCGAUGCGUCGACGCACCACGUUGUACUGUGAGAAAGACCAUUUUAUAUUACAUUGGUAAAUGCAAUUAAUUCAUAACGAAAUUUCCUUGGGCCAUUUUUUGGAAAAAAUGCGUUAAAUAAAUCGUAUUGAUUAAAUAUUUGUCAAAUUAUGUAUUUUUUUAUUUACUUGACUGUACUAAGGGAGAAUAACGUCAUCAGUUGGAGCACGGGACCUUAGAAGUCCCCGUGCUUCACCCAGGUGAAGAACUUUGGUGAAGCACGGGUCCGGACUCGUAGAUUCAUUGUUUUUUUCUAUAGGUUUUGACACUGACCUGCGUUGACUAAGAAUUAAUAAAUUGUAUUCAAUCUACAAUUUAAAUCUCAAAGGUAUUUUUACUGGAGAAAAAUAAAACGAGCUAUUUUAAUGAUUUUUUUUAUUUUUUUUUUACAAUUAAUCAGAUAACAUACAUAUCAAACCAGCCGAAGUAUGGCUAAACCCAUUUAUUAUCUAAACUUAUGAACAAUACAAGAAAUUGAUAGCUCUCAAAUUCACCUUACGUUAAAUAUAUAGAUAUAAUAUGCAACCCACUCUACAUAUAAUUCUACAACCUACUUAUUCAUAAUCUAAUUUUUGCAUAAAUUCAAAGUAAAUAUGCCCAAAAGAAAUAUUGUUGAACUAUGAAUAUACAUAUAACUUUUUGGCAAUUAAUUGAGUAUCAUUUCUGUGCAUAGCAAAAUUAAUUUUCUUUAACAUGUAACUUAGAUCUUAUUCAUAAAGAGGCCACAAAUAUAACAUGCGUUUCUGUAGUCAGUUCGAUUACAUAGGGACUUUUUGUUAAAUAUUAUUUAUUGCCUAUACUAUAAACAUUAUUCUUAUAGAGAUGUAAGAAAAAUAUCCUUACGCAGUAACUGAAUUAGUCUAGCAGUGCUGUGCAGUGAGUGUCGAGGGUCUACCGGUCGAGGCGGCGCGGUCGGGCACUUGGCCGUCGCUCUACCGUGCGCCUCGACCCGCCUCACCGUUGUGCGUACACAUUGCGCUAACGAUACGAUACAAUACGAUACAACACUUCACAUAAUGAUCAAAACAACUAUUUGUCAUCUACAUAAAAUUUGCUCCAAAUGUUUUAUAUUAAAAUAUGUCUACUUAUUGUAACUUCUAAUUAGUUACAGCCAACUUUACAAAUAAUUGAUACAUUAGACUCUCAAAUAGAUCUCUACUAACUAUUUAUUAAUUAAUGGUAAAAAAUAAAGAAUAAAAUACUUCUAAACAUUGCAUUUCAAUCACAUAAGGUUUAGUUUAAUAAUUAUACAAUAAUAACAUCUUUUUAAAACCCGAACAUAAGUAUUACAAGAACAUUGAUAUCGUUGAGUUCUGGAAUGAAAAAUAGCACACUUAAAUUCACUAACUGUUACACUUAUAUAAUAAUUAUUGUUCUCCUGUUUUGUUUGUAAAAUACAUUGCUUUUAGUAUCAGAAAAAUAACAGGAAAAUAUAUGGACUAUUUGAUACACUGAUAAAAUUCACGAUAAAUACCUUAAAUUAACUUAAAGAGAAUUUAAUGUGUACCAAAUAACAGUGCAGUGAGCGUGAUAAGUACGGAGAGACGAUAAAUAGUCUGAUAUAGGACACACUAUGUGAGGUUAAUGAAUGAGGUAAUAUAGAUAAAGAACUUGAACCGCUGUCGACGGCCUUCGGCGCCGCGUCAGCUACGAUUAUAUCCGGCUCGAAGGACCAACACUGACUAGGAAAAAUAACGCGUCACAUAAGCUUGGAUAUUUAAUAUCGACUUUUGAAGUCUUGAAAAUAUGAAUCUACGCAUUCUUGAGCACGUAAUUUACCCUUCAUAAGUAUUUUACGCAUUUUGAAGGGCCACAAUAGACUCUUCAAAAAACGUAAUUGGUCCUUAUUUCGAUUGCCCGGUCGGAAAUCGUUAGCGAACCGCGGCGCCUCACCUGCUACUCUAUUAUUUGGUACGUGACGGAUCACAGGCGACUCAACAGCUACAAGAAUCGCCCACACAACUUACGUAGAGGAUGGUUACAGAUUGAUACACGUAUUACUAUUAAGGCAGCCGAUAAUACAAAACUAUGACAAAAGUUACGCAUGCCUCAUAUUUAAGACCAUUAUUACACAUACAAAUUUAGACAUUGAAAAUACUAUGUUUUAUUUUUUCUCUUUCAAAUAAAUACCCAACAAAGAUAAUUUGAAUAAGAACAUAAGGAACACUACAGCAGCAAUCAAAUUGCAAACACAUUUGUACUACAUAAAAAUAAUACACAACCCUUUGCGCGAAAAGACUGAAAAGUUCAACUUUUAAAGUCACAAUGAACUUCGGGUCCCAGAAAUAGUACCAUAAGACUUCAUUCCUCGUUCGUUAGCAAAAGACAUACCAUUGAGUAUUUGUUAGCAGUAUCUUCCACAACGGCGAGAAACUAGUACGUGCGACCCUCAGCUCAGUUAAUACUAGUAUUUUUUUCUAGAAUAAAAUUUUCCCAUCACAGUUGCACAGAAAAACUUUUAAUUUUAGCCUAUUGAUAUAAUUAUGAAUAAUUUAGUAUCUGCCUAUUACAUAAGUGUUCCAAUACAAAUAUCAAGGAGAAUAAUUAUUAAUUGGUGUAAUGUGAGACGAGACAGCUUAAGUCUAAUCUAACUUAUCGAUUAGCAAUAUCCUGAUAUUGUUACAAUGAAUACAUACGUCAAUGAAACACGCUUUAUAACUACGUUGUACUUUAACUCAAAGGUGGUACCAAAAAAUAUUAAUUUUCAUUAUAACAACGCCAAUUUUGUAAUUCUCUAUUUUAUUUAGAGAUGUCACUCACUACGACACUACAGGCAUUCAAUUUAGUUUCAAUUAUUAUGAUAACUUAAGAUUUUUUAUAUAGAUAACUUAACUCAUAUGGGAAUUACGGAUAUGAAUACAAAAUAAUUCGAAUUAGAAAUGUAGUCGAUAUGCAACGUUCAAGAUCAAAUAUUUAAGGGAAACAAGUUUCAGAUGACAUCGGUGGUAUAGAUAACAAUUUCGUUUUAUUAUUAAUGUCAGUCUCUGUACGCGAAGGUAGUUGUAACACGUUACAAUUACACAAACUCUUGCUUCCAUUCAUUGGGAUAGGUAGCUAUAUCAUAUGGUGGGGUUAUUCACUAAUAUAAGCUUGUUCAUAACUCUGUACAACCUAAACCAACACAAGGCAGCAGUUGUCCACAGUUACAUGCUCUCUGAAAUUGUAUUCCAUCGAUACACUACUAAAGUAAAAAAAUACAAGCAUCGUGUCUCGUCACAUACAGCAUGUGCCGGUGGCAGUAGGAAAUCUCUAAUAAAAUAAAUAUUUAUCCGACUCACUGGACAAUAUUAAAAAUAUUUUCUUAAUCACAGAUAUCAGUCUGUCAAAAUUUAAAUUAAGUAUAUUUCAGAAUUGGAUUAGUCGUUCCUCACUUACUAGGUUAUUAUUCAAGUACAAUCAAGGUACAAAAGUGACUAAUUUAAGACCGCAGAGUAUUUUUGACGCCAAUAGACAAGGAUAUCUACAUAUAUUGAGAGGUUUUUGUUUUCGAACGGAACAUUUUGGUCAUAAGUAUAGUACUACGCGAUUACGUAUAUCGAAUCUAGCAAGGUGACGUCGAGACCAGUUCACUUCUCUUACAGUACAUGAACAUUGAUUAAAAACAAUUUCACACAGGUACAACAGAGAUCUAAUGAAAGAAUAAUACGAAUAUAAACUAGAAUCAUUAGGAUAUGAUUGUUAAUUAUGCUCGUCAACAUAGCUUAUUAUAGCAAAGGUUGAAUGCGAGGGAGACUAGAGAAGCAGUGUGGUAGUUAGUGAGCAGUGGAGUCUACUGCAUCAAUUAACUGUCGGGUGGGGGGUUGGCCCUGAUACACAUACAUAUAUACAUAACUAUAUACCGAAAGAUCGGAUCAAAUGCGGUUACACUGAAUCGUUUACUUGUCCAUAAGGUAGCCGCAGCCGACGGUCUUGAGAACGCAUAUUUACAUAGGUGCAUAAUGCAUUUCUCAAAUUACCGCUCAGCCAGCCAACGUAAUGGCGACUUACUGAUCUAUAACUAUACAUAUAGCAGUUAAAAAUAUUUUCAGCAAUCACAUUUAGUUAAAUUACCAUAUAGAGAAAUUUAGCUUAGUUCAACAUUUUAUCAAUGGCCCUCUGUUUACACGUAAAGUCACUCAGUACAAUUUUUUUUAUUUUGUAUUAAUCAGUUGUUUGUGUUAUCAAGAACACCCUUUGACUUACAGCUAUAUACCAAUAAUACAAAAAUCCAUUCACUAUAAUUAAGGUAAAUUUUAGAUAUUUAAACACUAAAAUGUAAAAUAUUAAACAUCCUAAAUAAACUCUGAUAUUCCAAUUUUAGGCAUUAGCUCAAUUAAUUAAAAAUAUAUGCUUGAGUGACUAUGAUAAAAAGAGAAAUAAAUGCAUUAUAAUAAUACUAACCAACCAUUCCCUUGUAACAUUUGACAGGGUCCAAGCUGCUCGGGCGGUCUAUCAUAACCCCUACACUACAUCAAUAAGCCUUCGUUAUUUUAUAUUUGGUAUUCACUUAACGCACCACAUAACAAGACUAGAGGAAUGAUUGCCUCUUGUGCCGACGUCAUCUCCGCCACGAUCACGAUCCCUCAUAAGGAAGACUAGUUUCUUUGUCGAUAUCACCUAACGCGCUAUUGUAUCCGUACGCCCUACGCCGACGACGCUACGUACAAAAAUAUAUAUAAAUAAAGACAACAAGCAAAACUUUAACCUUAUUAAAUUAAAAGGCCAUCCUGAUAUUGUAUGUACACUAUCACUACAGUAACUUCGUCAUUAAGAUUUAUGUGCGACGGAAAAAUAUCAACAAUGGAAAAUGAGAAUGUCUUUUGGCAUGAAUCGAUCAAUUAAAUGACUGUUCGGCAAAAAAAAAAUUACAAGCCGUACGUUUUGGUCCCUAAAUUCGAG